AUGGGAAACAAUCAAUCAGUUCGAGCGACACACUUUAGCCGUUCGGAAUAUGCGACAGAUCCUCUAGAAGAUGAUACUUUGGAGAAGCAUCACAUUAAUAUUUCUAAUAAAAUGGUUGAAAGACUCGUUGAAGAUGCCACGUUAGUUGCUGGAAUAGAUACCGGAGCCUCAAAUCCCAAAGGAGAUUAUAAAGAGAAAAUAUUAAUAGAAAAACUUCGAUGUAUGGAUGACAGCCAUUCUGAAAGAUCUGGUUCUCCUGAUCGAUUCCGGCCACGGCGUCCAAUCUCAUUGAGAUUUGCCAACUGCGCAGUAGAUAUUAUAGUGCACUCAUACUACGGCGGGACGACUAAGCUCGACACGACCGGUAAGAGUUGUAAGAGU